AGGAGCAACGUGACGUUGGAAGACGACGCUCCAAGCGGAAAAGAGAAGACGAGAAGAAAUAAGAAAGCGGGUAAAAAAGAAAAGGACACAGAGGAAAUGCCGACAGUUCGAGGGGCUGAAGAAAGACCGCCGCCAGGUGGAAGAAAUUGCGGCACGAGCAAUUUGCGAACAUUAUCCGAACGGAGGUACGAAGACGUUUGGCAGCGAACAGGAAGGACAUUCUUUCGAAUUACACCACCGCCGUUGUCGGGUGCCAACGGCGAAAUUACAUUAUCACGGAAUUGCAUGGUCCCGGGACGAAAACCGGAUGCGAUGAAUACGAAUUCACUUGUACGUAUCAUCGAGAAGAAACAAUUAUCAAAAUACGAGGGAAAAAAAAACAGAAAGCUAAUGUUGGACCUAAAUACGUGGCAGGUGGAUUCGACUAUUAGCAAACUAUAUGACAGUAACAUUAUUUUUCAAGGAAACUUUUUUUAAUCAAGUAGCACAUUUCAUCUUUGUAGCAUUAAAUUUCUAUAAUCAAUCGUAUUAUACCAAAGUAGUACUUAAUACUUAGUAGUACUUAUAAAACUUAAUAUACUUGGACUUAAUUGAUUAUAAAUACUGUAAUAAAUACAAUGGUGUACAAAUACUUUUUGUACCGUAGAUUCGAAUUACUCAGAAGGUUUUCGAAACGAAGAAAAAAUACUUUCAAGUAGAUUGGAUCUCUGCGUGAGUACUCUGAAAAAUGAUAAAAGUACUCGUAAAUAGAAUCGAACAUUGGACGAACAGAAUCGAAACUUGAUCAGUAUCUUAUUAGAAAUUCUCCAUUUUCUUUUAAAAUCAUUUUUGUUGGUUAUCAUUCGCUAUUGUAAUUUUCUACAAAGCAUUGUAGAUCAAAUAUUAUUUCUAAAUAGUUGUAAAAACAAACAGUAAAAUAGAAUGUAUAGCGAUUUUCUGAUUCUCGUGACUAGAUUAGUACUUGUAAACCUAUCGAUCCUUUCUAAUGUCGAAGUAAGUGGAUUUUCGAAACUUGCGAGUACUCGUUCUCAGAUUCGAAACCAGCUUACGAAAGUCGAAUA